AUGGCCAACGACACCGGCAAAUCUCCAACCCUGGCUCUUGGCGAUGAAAAGGGGCCGACCACUCUAAUUGGCUCGGACACUUCCCUCGCAUCCUCCCAGAAGAUCUCCAGCGGGAGACUUCCAAUACUGAAAGCUCCUGGGCUGGACUCGAACUACCUGGACUGGGAGUUUGUAGUCAGCUCGUACUUCGAAGCAGUUGGGGUCGACUACAUCAUUGAAGCCCAAGAUGACAAAACAAAACUCGCUCCUCGGCCCGCCACCUGGGCCACCGAUAAUAAAGCGGUUUGUUUGGUCAUUACCCAGAUGAUCGACUCCACGAAUCUUCGUCACAUCCGUGACCAUUGCAGGGAUGCCCAAGGAAUGUGGCUCGCUCUCCUCCAAGCUCAUCAAGACUCCAGCACUGGUGGUCACGUCUACUGGAUCCGGAAGCUCCUCCUGGCAAAGAUGGAGGGCGACGAUAUCAUCGCCCAUAUCGAUAACAUGGCCCAAUACCACAAACGUCUCAACGCUCCGGUCACGCCGGGAAAGCCUCUCACGCCAGACAACGUACACUCGGCCGCUAUAUUGAGCUCGCUCCCUCCUGACUGGAUUCACUGCGUCUCAGCGCUCAUGAAUCAGGAGGGUGUACAAAUGAAAACAAUCGUUCAGGCGCUGAAGAAUGAACAUGUUCGUCGUCAAUCACAAUUGGACGUCGUCACUGUUACUUCUGUCUCUUCUACCAAGACCAAACCGACGCAAAACCCCCACUCAAGCGACACCAACAAGCAAAAGCUUUGCUUCCUAUGCAAUGUUCCAGGCCAUGACCUCAACAAUUUCAACAACACCCGCCGACUUCUUCUUGAACAUAAGGCAAAUCAAAAGCCAGAAAGUAAUCCUAAGGACUCAAAGAGUUCCUCCUCUCAAGCAGGAAAAACCCCUGCGCGUGCUGGACGAACCUUGGCUGCAACGCUAGGCACUACAUCCUACAACUAG